AUGGCGGCGCAGCUAAAGGAGAUCGUUGAUAGGCUCAAUGCCGCUCCGUUCAACUGUGAUUUGUCCCUUGUGGGCUUCGAUGAGAAGGACCCGUUUGAGCUCAUGGAGAUUCUCAAGAAGGUGCUCGUGUUCCUGGAUCCAAAGCACGAUGUUGAUCUUCGGGAGGAGAAGCCUGAUGCAAUGUACCAGCGCAUCUCCGAAUUCCUGCACAUCCUUGGAUACCAGUGCUCGUUUGACAUUGAGUUUCAGCAGGGCCUGAGCUUGGGUGACAAAAACACAGUCCACCCCAUUCUCUAUUGGCUGCUCAACAACCUUGAUGCCUUGAGAAAGCGCGCCUACUUGGCGAAGUUCUGCAUGAAUCUGGAGGUGCCGGAGGAGUUCCUGCGAGAAGAGCAGGUCUACUCCGUGUACCAGAAUUACAAGGAGCUGCAGUCCCAGUUCAAGGCGACGCACUCGCACGUGGAGCAGGAGCGGCAAGGUCGCAUGAACCCCGUCGACCUGCAGCGGGAGGUGGCGCAGCUCGACGCCGAGCGUGAACAGCUGGCGCAGAAAAUCCAGCACCUGAAGGCGAAGACCGAACGGGACGAGGGCUUCGCAACGCUGCUGGAGGUGACCUCCAUGCUCCGAAAGGAGCAGGAGGAGGAAGCCCGACUGGCCGAGAAGCUUGCGGAGCAGAAGUACCAGCUGGAGCAGACAGAGCAGCUCUACAUCGAGCGCUCUGCGCGCCUGCGUGAGAUGCGAGAGGCGCAGCUCCAUGAGGGCGAAGGCAGCGCGGAGGUCAUGCUGAAAAUGCUCAGUGCCGAGGUCAUCAAAAGCAGAGAGGCCCUGGCGCGCGUCAGAAAGGAGUCCGAGGAGAAGAUGGACCGCCUCAGAGAGUUGGACUCGGCCCUCAGUGAGCCUCCGGUGACCAAGAUGGACAUCGACAGCCUCGAGGGUGAGAUCCAAGCGAUGCAGAAUGAGAUCCACGCCCUUGAAGAGAAGGUGAACGAGCAGAACCAGGAUUCACGGUUGGCGGUGUACAAGCAGCAGGCGAACCUCGUGGCGAAGAAGAAGGAAGCUGUCCUGAAGGACAAGAGGAUGUUGGAGGAUGAGAGGGACAGUCUGAGCAAAGACCUGUCAACGAAGGAACGAGAAUACGAGCAGAUGAAAGGCCACAAGUUCAUGAAGCGAGAAGACUUCAAGACCUACGCUGCUUCGCUGAGGGACAAGUCUGCCAAGUUCAAGCUAAAGAAGGCUGAGCUCAGUGAGCUUAGACACGAAGUUGCGGUGCACCUUUGCAUGUUUCACGGCCAUCUAGGCAAGGAAGGUACUUCAGCGUACCGAGCAGAUCCUGCAGUCGAAAGACCCAACUCCGGCUGGGUCUACCGGCUCAUUUUUCCUGUUAGUGUGUUUUACGAGACGUGCUUCAUCCCGGAGUAUGGAGCCAGGCUGGUGGAGACAGAGCAGAUGCUCGAGAAGGCAUCUGUUGAGAAGUCUCAGGUAGACCGGGCAAAGGGCAAGACACUGGACGAGAUCUCGGCCAUUGUCCAGAAGAUCAAUGCCCAGCUCAAGGAGAAGAAGAACAAGCUGGCUCCGCAGAUUAAGGCGCUUCGCUCGAUCCGCCAGAGCUUCCAGCAAGUGGAGGUGAAAUAUUUGGACAAGAAGGGGCAGUACGACCAGGCAAAAGCAGCCGUCGACACUGACCUUUCGAAAGUCGCAAGUGACGUCCGGCAGCUCGAGAACGAAGUUCAGGAGGCGGAGCAGAACUAUCACGAGCUGAACAUGCAGCUUCUGACCGCCGAAAGCAAGCUCCAAAGGGCGCAGUGGGAGGCGCGAUGCCUUCGAAGAGAGGAGGGCGCGCGCCACUCGCAGGAGUAUGCGACUCUGUCCGAUCAGUAUGCGGCAGAGAUCAGCAGGCUUGACGAGCAAUGCAAGGAUCUUCGCAAAGAUCAGAAGGUCGUGAAAGAGUCCCACGAGGAGAACCUCAAACAGAAAAGAGCUUUCGUCCAGCUAGAGAAGCUGAUACAGAUAAAGCUCAAGGUAUCCAUGCAGGAGUUGCAGAACAUGGCAGAGGGCAGGUACGGAGGUAUCGGCGCUUCCCGGACUGUCAUGGAUGCAUCGACUGCGGGCGUGGAGCGGCUUGUCAUCGAAUGA